UAAAUUCUACCAUCACUAACACCUGCCAUCUGCUUCCCGACCAGCGAAACCCUAAUUAUGGCGUGCACACUGGACUUCCGAUGCCUAGACGAGGGACUCGGCGGCCAGAAGAACAAACGUAAGCGCUCCCAUCCGGAUGGACCUGAUUCCAUGGAAGUCGAAGCCUCUACUGAUUCUGUUGUUGAAGGCUCAGUCAAUCUCGCACCGCCAGCAAAGCGUCCGGCUCUUCCAUCUCUCGAGAAUCCGGAGAAACCUGCUUUCAUCGGGCGCCCUACCUACGACGGAGUCAUAGCCGGAAAGGUUUCCGGCCGGAAAUGGAAGCACCCGCGGACGCAGCGAGCCUCCGCUGCCCGAAUCUCUCGCCGCGGCACGUCCCUCGAGGUCCGAUCCAGGGAGAAAGAGUUGAAACGUGCAUUCAGGGAGAGGAAAGAGGAGCUUAAGGAGGAGAUUCGGAAGAAUAAAGAGGAGAAACGUAAGAGGAGGGAAGAGCAGGAGAAAAAGAAAAAAGAGAAUAUAUUGAGAUCUGGAACCAAGCUACAGAAGAUUACUAAUCCCAAGACCCUCAAGAAGAUUGCCAAGUCCAAACAGAGAAAGCUGCUCAAGGUUGUUCCCGACGACUUGCUCAACAAUAAAAAAUAACAAUCCGAGGAGAGAGUCUAGAAGAAAGGGCAAGUAUGUUUGGCAUUUUUUACAUGCUACCACAUUAGCAUGUUAGCUUUGGAAUCAUGAGAUUGGGUUUUUGUAUUUUAAUCAUGUUUGUUAUGUCUGUUUCGUUUCUAUUGAAUUGGGAACUAGAGCUUUGAUAGGUAUAUGAUUUCAUAUUAAAUUCAGGUCGUGUUUGAGUUAAGCUGAUGCUUGAUCAUUAUCUUACAUUGAUAAGAUAGUGAACAACUAUUGGUGUGUUUGAUUGCUUUCUUUCAUUCAUGCCAUGAGCUUUUUU